AUGUCGGAGAAAAGUGCUUCACCACAGGCCAGUGAUCUAUCAACACCAUCAAUUAAAAGAGAUUUGUCUACGACUAAACUAGUCGAUAUCAAGGGUGGAAAGCAAGAUCAAUUCAAAAAAGCUGAGAGAACCAACAAUAGUCCUCAUCUCUAUCUCAACGAUGCGGCCAGUCCACAUAUGUAUUUGAAUGUUGACACAACUUCAUUGUCGUCAGCACAACAACAUGCUUCGUCAAUACACUCACUUCCAUUAUCUCAACAUUGCGCAUCUGAUUUUGCUCCGCCAAUUGAUAGUCUACCUCCGUCAGCAGACAAAAAAUCUGUUAAGGCAUGGCCAGCUAUGAGAUCAACGAAAAAUGUUCAUAGAAGCGAGAGUGUUACACUGACAACCGAACGAAAUCAUAAACCGAAACAUCAUCAACAUCGCCAUCAUCAUUGCAGUAGCCGAAAACGUCAUCAUUCAUGUCAUCGACGUCAUAGCUAUCAACCUCGAUCAAACAGUAAUGAAGGUCAGCACAAUCAAACAACCCAGUCUUCACCUAAAGUGAUCAUUGCUAAUUCGACCACCGAUGCAUCGCAACAACCGGUUUUAGUUUAUCGUCGAAUAUUGAAUAAUAAAGGUCAGACAAUCAGUCUUCCUCUUGACGCUAAUGGUGAGUCAAUCGUGUUGGAAAAUCAACAAAAGCCGUUGGUUGUCUAUCGUGAUCCAAGUGUUCAACCAAACACAGAAAUCAGUGCGAAUUCAUCAAGAAAAAAACAGAAGGGAAAUAUUCCAUUGCAAUCUGUUGAAAAUAAAAUAGUUUCUCGACGAGCAGCAUCUCAAAACGAAGCUCAGGUUGAGAGUUAUCCUCCAGUGAUUUGUACCGAACCGUAUUCAAACAUUAUAAAUUCUUGUGGCGUUCAGGAAAUCGAACGAAUCUACUUCGAAGACGAUUGUUGCACUCCGUCAUCGUUUGUCGAUUGCACAUCAAAUUCUUGUAUUCCUCAACCAUGUGAUCCAUUUGUUUGCCUACCUCAACAACAGCAGCAGCAAAUUCUUCUAUGCACUGAACCAGCAACAUCGAACUGCAAUCUCGUUCAACAAGUAUCUUGUUCACCAUCACCACAGCAACAACAAUAUGUUUAUGUGGAUAGCAGUCCGUCAACAAUUAUUAGCCAAGUGCCUGCCUGUAAUCCCAUAUCGACAACAACACAAUCUCAAGCAUAUCUAUGUGUGCCACAGACAUCAUCCUCUUCACCUACUCAAAUUCUAAUUCAACAACAACCUCAAGCUACGACUCAAUCAUUUCAAAUUAUUCAAACUCCACAAGUACAAACAGGACAAAUCCUAACGGUUACACCAGCAGCACCAGCCCUUGCUAAUAUUCAACCUCAAAUAAUACAAACUAUUCAAACGCCAACUCAAGCGCUUGCAGCUAGCCCACAAAUACUCUAUCAGCGUUCAUAUGAUCCUACUGUAUUACAACUUCAAAGUCAACAAGUUUCUAUUGCUAACAGUCCUGUAGCUACAUUAAGUCAGCCAUGCUAUAUACCACAGCAACGAGUUACUGUUGGACCACGUUUAUUUCAAAAUGCUCUUGCCCGAACUGUUUCUGAUCGAACCGGUGUACCUGUUUGUUUUCCACCGGGCACAAAUGUUCCAGCAGAUAUAUCAGCAAUAUUGUCACCUGGAAGACGAUUAGCUUCUACUGCAAAUGGUUUAUCUAACGAUGAUUUACCAGCAUCAAAAUCGAUGCCCAUCAGAUCUAUGACUGCAAAUGGUUUGCUUAUUCCAUUUAAACCUUCGAAAAUGACGAGUAGUACAAAUCGUGAUUUGUUUUCUGGAUCAGGUAGUUAUCCAUUAGGCGCCAGAAACUUAGAUCAUAUCCGCCAGCAGAUUCAACAACGAGCCAGAUUCUUAGCAGAUUUCAAACAAAACAAUCUUAGUCGUUUACCUCCUAUUCGAACGAAUUUCGCCAAUCCUACAGUUCCAUCACGAGCACCAUUUUCGUCAGAUGUCUUACUACCAUCCUCCUUACCAGUGACAAACAUGCCAACAUCAGCUCCUUUGCUGACAUCCAAUUCACAACCACUAUCCUCUAGAUCUACAUUGCCUGUUCCACCACCCUUAAUUAAUUCUCAGACACCAUAUGCACGAGGAGAUAUUUUUGGUUCGUCAAAUAGUAGUAGUUCAAGCAGAUCGUCAGCUUCAUCGACAUCACCCAUCUCAAGAACUCGAACGCCAGCAUCAGGCCUCUCCUAUGCACGAGCGUCCUUACCAAGCUCUCGUCCUGGAUCGACUUCAUCCGGACCAUUUACCCCCUAUCAAUCACUGAGACCAUGA